UUCAACCAAAUUACUCUUUACCAACAUACCAAUUCCAUUUUCUUCUCCAAAUCUCAAAUCAACAAACCCUAGAUUUGUUCAGGAUCGAAGCAAAUCACUAUUCGCUGUGAAGGAAGAUGGGGAAGCAACCGGUGAAGCUGAAGGCUGUUGUAUACGCUAUAUCUCCAUUUCAACAGAAAAUUAUGCCUGGUUUAUGGAAGGAUCUUCCUGGUAAGAUCCAUCACAAAGUGUCUGAAAAUUGGAUCAGCGCUACCCUCUUGCUUGGUCCACUCGUCGGAACCUACUCGUAUGUGCAGAACUUCCUGGAAAAGGAGAAGUUAGAACACAGAUACUAAAACUGUUUCUUCAUCAGUCUGUUGGAUACAUCUCUAUUCCAUUUUGCAGUUUUCAACAGGAAAUAAGCUGCCAUUGUUGCAUUUUUUUUUUGGAACUUGUUAUUUUGAAGAUAAUUUACUUGUAUGGCGCCCUAUAAAUAACAACUAAAUUCUCUGUUGGGGUCUUUUGAUUGUCUUGUGCAUCCUAAAUCUUAUUCAGAAAUAGAGUUUUGAAAAUAAUUUGUAAUACAUUUCAUUGACUUGCUGUUGAAGUCCCAUUGUGAUUGCACAAUGAACAAUUUUUAUUAAAUUA